AUCCACAUUCAUCCCCCACCACCGAUCCAUCCACCCACUGAUUUCCUUAUCUUCACCUUCCUUGCACAAUUCACCCAUUCUCUCAUCAUUUCCCUCAUCAACCAGCGCUCCCACAUACCGAACACACUUCCUGUGGUCUUUAGUAUCUCCCCUCCCACUGUCGCCGCAGUCGUCGCCGUAUAGCACACUAUCUUCGCUUCUGGGAUAUCUAUGUGAGAGAGAAACAACUCGAUCGAUCGAUCAAGAAGACCGGCGAGGCUCUAGCUCCAGACCGACAAUGCCGUACGCAGCCACAAGGACGUCGCCGCAGCAGCACAGCCGCGUGGCCAGCAACGGGAGGGCCGUGGCGGCGUGCGCAGGCCACGCGGGCGUGCCGGACGAGGUGGCGCGGCACCACGAGCACGCGGUGGCCGCGGGGCAGUGCUGCUCUGUGAUGGUGCAGUCCAUCGCGGCGCCGGCGGACGCGGUGUGGUCGCUGGUGCGCCGCUUCGACCAGCCGCAGGGGUACAAGCGCUUCAUCAGGAGCUGCCACCUGGUGGACGGCGACGGCGUCGAGGUGGGGUCCGUGCGGGAGCUCCUGGUCGUGUCCGGGCUGCCCGCCGAGAACAGCCGCGAGCGGCUUGAGAUCCGGGACGACGAGCGGCGGGUGAUCAGCUUCCGGAUCCUGGGCGGCGACCACCGCCUCGCCAACUACCGCUCCGUGACCACCGUGCACGAGGCGGCCUCAGAGGGCGGGCCGCUCACCAUGGUCGUCGAGUCCUAUGUGGUGGACGUGCCGCCGGGGAACACCGUCGAGGAGACGCGCAUCUUCGUGGACACCAUCGUUCGGUGCAACCUCCAAUCCCUCGAGGACACGGUUAUCAGGCAGCAGGCGAUGGCGGCACCGGCAGCGCCGCACAACGACCACAACCACAGCUGAUCGCCGCCGGGCCCGGCCGGCUGGACACCCUCGCAGUGGGGGCUGCCGGUUUCUUCGGAGGCUUCAUCUGCCAUUUAUGAUGUUUUCUUUCGCCGUUGGUAUUCUAUAGUUUCACCAAUAAGAAGAAUAGGUACUGUGAACUUUUUAAAGGUUGAGGUUGUUCGUCUUCCCUUUCUUAAACUCUAAAAACGACAAUAAAGUAUUGUAUGAUACACCACCAAUAAUAUUAAGACCAGUAAAGUAGUAUAGUUCUAAUAUAUAUGUGUAAGUUUGUGUAUAGAUAUAUAUCUUUUCUUUUAUAUAUAGUUCUGGCAUGAUAGGACUAGCUAGCCAAUAUAUGUGUGCAUGGCUGCAUGCUCUUGAGGGUUUAUUUUUUCUUUUUCUUGGUCAAACAUGCAGUACCUUUUAUAUUA